GAUUUCUGGUCAUGUUUUGCCUGAUUCGUCUCGAGCUUUCGUUGAAUCGAAGAAGAGUUUAUGCUUGAAAGCUCCGGAUUUUGUGUUUACUUAUUAGAACACUUAUUAGCUAAGAGGUAGAUCUGUUGAGUAGAGAUGGAUGAGGUAGGAGCUCAAGUGGCUGCUCCGAUGUUUAUUCAUCAUCCGAUGGGGAAAAAACGCGAUCUUUAUUAUCCGAUAUCGAAUCGGUUGGUUCCAUCUCAGCCGCGUAGUGAUGAGUGGAAUUCCAAGAUGUGGGAUUGGGAUAGCCGGAGAUUUGAAGCUAAACCGGUGGAUGUUGAGGUUCUUCGGUUAGGAAAUGAGGCACAAGAGUUUGAUUUGACUUUGAGGAAUACGAGUGGUGAAGAAAGAGGACUUGAUUUGAAUCUGGGAAGUGGUUUGACCGCUGUGGAAGAUUUGACGCCGACGACGACGACGACUCAGAACGUUAGACCGAACAAGAAGGUUCGGUCUGGAUCUCCGGGAGGGAAUUAUCCCAUGUGUCAGGUGGAUAAUUGUACUGAAGAUUUGUCUCAUGCUAAGGAUUAUCAUAGAAGGCAUAAAGUUUGUGAAGUUCAUAGCAAAGCUACUAAAGCUCUUGUUGGGAAACAGAUGCAGAGGUUUUGCCAACAGUGUAGCAGGUUUCAUCUGCUUUCUGAGUUUGAUGAGGGAAAGAGAAGUUGUAGGCGUAGAUUGGCUGGCCAUAACCGACGUAGGAGGAAAACUACGCAGCCGGAGGAGGUUGCAUCUGGGGUUGUGGUUCCGGGGAACCGUGAUAAUAUUAAUAAUACCUCUACCGCCAAUAUGGAUCUUAUGGCUUUGUUAACUGCCUUAGCUUGCGCACAAGGUAAGAAUGCGGUAAAGCCAGUGGGGUCUCCAGCUGUGCCUGAUAGAGAGCAGCUUCUUCAGAUACUUAACAAGAUAAAUGCAUUGCCUUUGCCUAUGGAUCUUGUCUCUAAGUUGAACAAUAUUGGAAGUUUAGCAAGGAAAAAUAUGGAUAACCCAACGGUGAACCCCCAAAAUGAUAUGAAUGGGGCUUCUCCUUCUACCAUGGACUUGCUUGCUGUUCUUUCAACAACGUUAGGCUCAUCUUCACCUGAUGCACUAGCCAUAUUAUCUCAAGGUGGGUUUGGUAACAAAGACAGCGAGAAGACUAAGUUAUCUUCUUAUGAACACGGUGUAACAACCAAUUUGGAAAAGAGAACUUUUGGGUUUUCUUCUGUUGGGGGAGAGAGGAGCAGUAGCAGUAACCAAUCUCCUUCUCAGGAUUCAGAUUCACGUGGUCAAGACACUAGGUCUAGCUUGUCUCUACAACUAUUCACCUCAUCACCUGAGGAUGAGAGUCGACCGACAGUGGCAUCUUCUAGAAAGUAUUAUUCUUCUGCCAGCAGUAAUCCUGUUGAGGAUAGGUCGCCAUCUUCCUCUCCGGUCAUGCAGGAGUUAUUCCCAUUGCAGACAUCCCCUGAAACCAUGAGGUCUAAGAAUCACAAUAACACAAGUCCCAGGACUGGUUGCUUGCCCCUUGAGCUCUUUGGUGCAUCGAAUAGAGGAACUGCAAAUCCUAAUUUUAAAGGUUUCGGGCAACAGUCUGGUUAUGCUUCUUCUGGCUCUGACUACUCUCCUCCUAGCUUAAACUCUGAUGCUCAGGACCGCACUGGAAAGAUAGUCUUCAAACUACUUGAUAAAGAUCCAAGUCAGCUCCCUGGGACAUUACGAUCUGAGAUCUAUAACUGGCUUUCGAACAUUCCAUCAGAAAUGGAGAGUUAUAUCAGGCCUGGCUGUGUUGUUCUAUCUGUUUAUGUAGCGAUGUCACCUGCAGCCUGGGAACAACUCGAGCAAAACUUGCUGCAACGGCUUGGUGUUUUACAAAAUUCUCCUUCUGAUUUUUGGAGAAACGCGAGAUUUAUAGUUAACACGGGCAGGCAGCUCGCAUCACACAAAAAUGGUAAAGUUCGAUGUAGCAAAUCUUGGAGAACUUGGAAUUCACCAGAGCUCAUCUCAGUAUCGCCUAUAGCUGUGGUAGCUGGUGAAGAAACAAGUUUGGUUGUAAGAGGGAGAAGCUUGACUAAUGAGGGAAUCAGUAUUCGCUGCACACAUAUGGGUAGCUACAUGUCAAUGGAGGUAACCGGGGCAGUGUGUAGGGAAGCCAUAUUUGACAAGUUGAAUGUAGAUAGUUUCAAAGUCCAAAAUGUACACCCUGGUUUUCUUGGACGCUGUUUCAUUGAGGUGGAGAAUGGAUUCAGGGGUGACAGUUUUCCAUUGAUUAUUGCCAAUGAAUCCAUCUGCAAAGAGUUAAAUCGCCUCGAAGAAGAGUUUCACCCCAAAAGUCAAGAUAUGACAGAAGAACCAGCGCAGAGCUCAAAUCGCGGUCCCACGUCAAGAGAAGAAGUUUUGUGCUUCUUGAACGAGCUUGGUUGGCUUUUCCAGAAGAACCAGACCUCUCAGCCUCGGGAACAAUCCGACUUUUCCCUUGCCCGCUUCAAGUUUUUACUUGUUUGCUCGGUUGAAAGAGAUUACUGUGCUCUCAUCAGAACACUCCUCGACAUGUUGGUAGAUAGAAAUUUGGUGAACGAUGAUCUGAACAGAGAAGCCUUGGAAAUGCUCACCGAGAUUCAGUUGUUGAAUCGUGCUGUUAAGAGGAAAAGCACAAAAAUGGUCGAACUACUCAUUCAUUACUCGGUUAAUCCCUCAGCACUCAGUUCCUCCAAAAAGUUCGUUUUCUUACCCAAUAUAACUGGACCUGGCGGUAUCACACCUUUACAUCUAGCUGCUUGUACAUCUGGUUCAGAUGAUAUGAUUGAUCUACUCACCAAUGAUCCACAAGAGAUCGGAUUAUCGAGCUGGAACACUCUUUGCGAUGCAACCGGGCAAACUCCAUACAGCUAUUCUGCAAUGAGGAACAACCAUAACUAUAACUCCUUGGUGGCUCGUAAACUUGCAGACAAAAGAAACGGGCAAGUCUCACUAAACAUCGAGCACGAGAUAGUUGACCAAAACGGUCUGAGCAAGAGACUAAGUUCAGAGAUGAACAAGUCAUCAUCUUGUGCCUCGUGUGCAACCGUGGCUCUAAAGUAUCAAAGGAGAGUUUCAGGUUCACACCGAUUGUUCCCAACUCCUAUCAUUCACUCAAUGCUUGCGGUUGCAACGGUCUGCGUUUGCGUCUGCGUUUUCAUGCACGCUUUCCCAAUCGUCAGACAAGGUUCUCACUUCAGUUGGGGAGGUUUGGAUUAUGGCUCAAUCUAGAGAAAUAUACUACUAUAUCAUAA